GGCUAUUAUCGGUACACACCGACAUACAGCCGUCGUGCAUGCGAGCAUAGCUGAGCGCGGGCUUUUUGAAAGCAGUCGUACGUGGCCUCGUUGGCCGAAAUCUCUGCGAUGCCUCUAUACUUAUACAGCGCGAAAAGAACCUAUAACGCAAAGCGGAGAGCGUGCGGCGAGUUAUGUACGCCUGGUAUAUAUACAUAGGAGAAGUCACGAGUACACGCGCACACAAGGCCGCUUGGCUUUAUCGACGUUUCUUGUGCACGCACGGAUGCAUGAGCGCAUAAUCGCAGGCGUACCUCACUACACUCGGGAAUGUUAGAGCGAGAAACGCAUAGAGCGACACGGCGAUACGGGAGCGAGAGGGACGAUUAACCGCACAUGCACGAAAUAUGAACGUGCGCUUUUUUCGCGCGCCUGUGUGCCACCGCGGGUAUACGUGCGUCCGCGUGUGUAUAGUCGCACAGAGAUACGAGGUAUAAGGAGAGAGAGAGAGAGAGAGAGAGAGAGAGAGAGAGAGAGAGAUGCGGGCGACAAGGAGCGAGCUAGUUUGGCGGCGGCGGCAGCUCCGAUUCGAGGCGAUCCCGAGGCGCGUCGCGCGCGGCGUUCUUCGCCUCCUCCGCGCUCGCGUACGAGCAAGAGAAAGAAAGAGCGAGAACGAGAGAGAGAGAGAGAGAGAGAGAGAGAGAGAGAGAGAGAGAGAGAGAGAGAGAGAGAGAGAGAGAGAGAGAGAGCAGCAGCACAGCCCGCCGGCGAGGCAAGCUGCCGUGCAUGUAGAAUAACGAACGCUAGUCGUCGGCUCGCCUCGACUCUCUCGUGCGCGGAUCGGAUCUCGAUUUCCGCGCUCUACAGUGCGACACUGCGCCAGAAGAAGAGGACACAUCGUCGUCGACGCCGCCGCGUGGCAAAGUAUCUUGACAGCGCGAUUUUUCCUGGAGACGAGCCGACCCGCUAGCAGUAGACAUGACGAGGAGACACGUGUGACCAGUGCCGACUGUGCGUUCGUACCAGUGCGUGUGUGCGAGUGCUGUACGUAUAGCUAUAUAAAUACGUAUAUAAAACAUAGUGGACGCAAGUGCUGCAGGAGAGACAGAGAAAAGAGCGUCGGGCCAUCCACGUGUGUCAUGACGGACGCGCGUAUAAUUUUCUAGUACGUCGGUAUGUAGGCUUUUGCUUCUAUUUGCGUGUGUGCGUGUGCUCUGCCGUGCUCUCCGAGUGCUUCUGUAUAUAGAAUCUGGGUCGAAAUUUUCGCCGCCGCCUGCAGAACAGCUGAUCGUCGCUUUUCCUCUGGUCCGACACGCUACUGUACUGUGAUGUAUCGUGCGAAUCAAAAAGCUCUCCCUCACAUAGCGAGCCGAGUUUGUUGGUAAAUAUUCAGGCGAAGGAAAGAAGAGCACUGAGCAGGGCAUCACCUAUUGUGCACGCGCUGCGCGAACCGUAGCCUGCAAUUUUCGGAUUACCGCUAUGCAAACGUCGCGCGUAAAAGUGAGUCAAAGGCGCAUUCCGCGAAGAGCCGAUAUUCACAUAUACAUACCGCCGCGCAGCACUGAUUCACUUCCUCCGAUUAUCAAACGGCAGAAAAUCAGUUCCUCGUCCCGACUCGAUGUCUUUCAUUCUCGUAUUUCGAUGCUCGCUAUACCAGGUGCGUGCACUGCUCGUCGCUUCCAGCAGACCGCGCGGAAAUAAAACCGACUCAGUGACGCGUAUGCGCAGCGUGAUGUACGCGGAAAUUAUCAAAAAUCCGCUGCUUUUACAGAGCUGAUUCACCUGACGUAGACACGACGACGUUAUACCACAUUUUCGCGUUUCCUCGGCUCGCGCAACACCGAACUCUUGGAUAUUCGUGUCCGUCAAUUUACCUGCAGUGCGCUGCGCACGUGUGCGUGAUUCAUGCACACCUUUACGCGAAAGAGCGUAAUUCUAAUGAGCGCGUAAUCUUCAUUCAUGUUGCUCUGGAGAUGCACACAUGACCGUCACGUAAGUCGAGCUACUCUUUGAGAGAUACACCUUCGCGCGUUGUUUACACCGGCUGAUCGAGUUCUACACGGGGACACUGUGCUUUUGUAUACAGCCGGACGACAGCGCACGGGAUGUUCCGCGUGAUAAGAAAAAUGUGCCGCCGACGAUUUUGUAUCGCGCCUCUCGCCGCGUAAUGGCUUUUUUAGCGUUUCUGCUUAGAGCUCGCCGCGAUAGCAGGGACGACUCACGCGAUUAACAGAUGCGUUGAAGAAUCGCGUCGAAAAAUUUGUACACAAGUUUUUUUCUCCUUCUGCCUACAACAGCUUGACGAGAUUGAUUAUUACGAGGAGGGAUGAUUGAUUAUGGUUUUAUACACGCGGAGUCGCGCGCCGCAAAACAAUGUAUUGCACACACUGACAUAAUUUUUCCGAUGCGUACGUCACGUUUAAAUAAACCGCUGAGCUGGGUAAGCGUUAACAAUAAAACCCGCAUCGCGGCAGCGUUACGACUUUUGAGAAAACUUACAUUCAUGCCAAGCCUCCGCAUUAUCUACUUCACUUUGUUGCCCAUCGGUCCGGCUUAAAUAUACUCAUCUAUUAAUACUCGAAUCGCGAGUGGCAGCCACCUCCCCUACUCCUCCUUCACUUUCAUUAAUAAAAAUCCGAAUAACCGCGCACAGUCGCCUCCGAAGUAUCCAACUGCACAUCCACCUUUGUUAGAGAGAAACAGAGAGAAAGAAAAGAGGAUCCCGUGAUCUCCUCUCGUGUGAAUCAUCAUCGCAGCCGGCAAACGCAGCCUAUAUAAUCGCUCAGGCGACAAUAACGCGCUCGCCAUCAAAGCGGUGGCUGAUCGAGUCCAACGACUCGGACUGAUGGAAUUAAGCGUGGGCGUGAGGCUGCGGCGAAGAAAGACGCACGUGGCCGGAAGAAUAUUAUGUACGAGCGCGGUAUAGAGCGUGGUAUAGACGGGAGCGAGGUCUAGCCUUCUAACUAUGCAGGUCGGCGCGAUUUCGGCUCUGGCGAAAAAUUGGAUUUCGAAAGGUUUUUCUGGCGGGAACCGGACAGCACUCUCUGAUGGAUUCUCGAAAUAGCGCCUGCCGGCUGGGAAAUAAAUAUUGUUUGUUAGACGGCCGCCCCGAAGAUUGCAUAUUAUCGCGAGAAGGAGAGAGCUUCGUAUAUUUUGGAGCUUUAUCGAUAUCUUUGCUUUGCACGCGGCGGUAUUGUGUGAGUGGUUGGGAUUAAAUGUGACGUUCUUUUUUUUUAAUUUACGAGCAUCUUCAGUCGCCAUGAGAUAACGUAGUUUUCGAGAACGAAAUCUUGGCUUAUCGAAACUCUUCAUCUUGCGCGAUUAAUUUUCACGUUAUAAUUGUCCAUUGGCCGACUAAUGCAGUCACCGCAAAACGAAGCGUUGAUGGCGCACGAAGUGACCGUCGCGGGCGAUGAUUCAUCUCGAUGCGGUGGAUCUCUUUAAUGAAACGUAUCAUUUUCAAUUUCGGUUUUAUAAUACUCACACUAAUCCGAAGACUGGCAGCUUCGUCCGAUCUAAAUUAUACGGAAAUUAAGCUAAAAACACGGGAGAGGACGCUUCAGGAAUGCAGCGACUUAACUGACACUUUUCCGUCGCAGCGUUUGGGAAAAUUUCUCGUUAGCUAUUGCCCCGCGAUAAUUGGCUUUAUAGUAUUCAAUCAGAACAACGGAGACGAUGAACAAUUUUUUUUCUCGAAAGUCGAGAUAAAAGAAUACUUUUGCAAAAGUUACGUCACCGUCCAAUCAGUCGCUCGCUAACAAAGCCGUUUCUCACCUGUACGGAAAACUACGCGCUUGGUAAAAGGCUUUCUCGGCUCGAGGCUAUACCACACGUAUACCAGACAAUUGUCAGCGACACCAUAAUUCAAAGUGGUUAUAAGGGGACGGUGUGCAGCGGCCUAUCGCGGACAAGUGCAGCAUUAUCAUUCGCCGCGCGUAUUGCCACUCUUGCGUCGCGCGACAAGUAUUCGCACGUACACAGACCAGUCUGUUUUUGCGCGGCUUUCGUCGUUACGUUCCGAUUUGUUUUACGAGCGAUCGCCAGAAGAAAAACGUUGCGCGACGGGUGAACGAAAAAAAAAACGUAAACAGACGCGACUGCCGCUUUCUUUUUGUUGUUAGUCGGAGAGCUACGCUUCCUCAAGAAAAAAGGUGCGCUGAUUAUAAAUCGUAAUGAUUGGCAUGAUUGUAACUGUAAAAUUAUCAUACCUGCUGUCUGGAUGAGAUGUUGCUUCAAUCGCUUUGUACGAAAACCUGUAUUGUUUGCGAAAAAUCGAUUAACGCGAAAGCAUUCGAGCAUAAGAUUGACGAGAGAAAAAUAUUUGAUGCCGAUAAGGCUACAACUAUUCAGGCUUUUUCACCAAACAUAAUGAUAUAUGCUCUUGUGUAUUGUACAGCUUCACCUGCGUCCGAAGUGAAUGUACGACACGCUCUUACAAGUCUCGUUUACACACUCGAAUUCGCGCGAUAAUGGAAAAAAUUAGCGCACAUUAUCGCGUCUUUAUUUCUUAAUGAGGCAGAACUGCGGCCGAUUAGCAGUUGAAACUAUAUUGCUCACGUUCACUGCCCUUAAAAAUCGACCUACCUGCGACGCGCAUCGAGUGUGCGCAGCGACCGAGAAAUUAUAUUAUAUCUCGAAUUUUCAAGUUGCACCGCGCUUAAACACAAUAGUGCACGUGUCGAGCUGGUGGAAUUUGAAUUUUACGAGUUUUAAUUUAUUCAACAAAUUGAGCGCUUUACAUAACAGAGUCGAUUAGGCGAAUUCAAACUGUUGAUUGUUAUUUAAUAAGUGGGCAAAUAUAGAUAAGAUAAUUAUUAUUCUUCAGAUUCCUCGUAAUCAUAGAUCGUGAUUUUGAUUUUCUAAGCUUUUAUAAGAGAAUCCGCGGUUGUACAUCAUUGUGCAAGCAUAACUUCGCCAUUUUUGUAUAUUUUAUUGUAGCUAUUAUACGGUUAUCAUUUUUCUAUUAUUAAACAAGCCGAUUAAAUACAAAACGUCCUUGCACAUUUCCAUGGAAAAAAGAGCGUGUUCAAAACCGUCCAUAUAUCACUUCCGAACGAGAUAUAAGGCAACAAAAGAUAGUCUCUUUCUCCCUCCCCCUCAUAUUUUAACAAUAACAAGACCGCGCCGCCGCGCAGCGUUACCCAAACUGUGUCGUAACAGGCCAUCAUCGUCGAGAACCUUGCUGAUUGCGGAGAAAAACAUAAUCUUUACGGAAUCUCACACUCGCACACACACCCGCAUAAUCGCCUUGCACACCGAUAACGAUUCAGUACCCUGAUAAGCUCUAGAGCGAAUGCAACAGCAGCAGCCUCGUGCCUUUGGCCUUUAUCGAACGACUCGGCUUUUUUUCGUAUAAUCGUUCCUUCGCGCGCGUGAUAACCCAGUGACGCCGAUUGUCACGAUGAAAGUGCAAUAAUAGUGGUGCAUAUAUGCGCGUCCUUGAAUCAGCUGUCGAGUAGCGAUGAUCGUCGAUGCGCCGAGAGAGAUCGUCGUGGAUUUCGAUACUGCUACUGUCGAGGUGUUUUUGCAUUUUCGCGCUUAUGAGAUCGUUACCGCGAGAAGUUGUCAUUAAGUUUCGCUUCGUUUCGCUUACGAGUGUGACGUCAAUAAGUACAGGUGGCCGUUAAUUACUUGUAAUGCGACACAAAAUCAUAUCAACGCGGGCUUUUAUGCAGAUUCGCGAGUGUUUAGCAAGCUGUGCGAUAAUUGCACGCUCGAUUAGGCGCGAGAACGGCGUCGAAAAUCUGUUGUUUAAUCAUCUUUUAUUUUCGUUUAAGAAUAGAUUGUAUGCGAUCAUGCAGACGCAAAAUCAUUAAUCGCGUGUGUUCUAAAAUUAUCCGAAAUUCAUUGAAAAGCCAUUUGCUCUGGAAGCAGUUGCAUCCUCGAGUCAUCACAUCAGAAACCAGCGUUUUCAUAGACGCACUAAUAAUAAGUAAUGUCGCGAAAAAAUUGCUCGUAACCCCCGCUCGCUCUUCGCGCCGAUCGAUCGGCCAUAUAGCGCGUAAUUGCUCGAUUAAAUCGAUCGAGAGUAUCGAUGACCAAUGAGUCAGCCAAAGCUUCAGCAUCUCGCACUUCCCUAUUCUCAAUCGAGCAUCGUCGACUGGUGUUUGCAGAGCUUUGCGCGUUUAUAUCGGCACUUGUCUUUUCGUAAACAAACUGCAGCGCGCGACGUCGAUCAGGAUAAACAGAUCAAUCCAUUAUGCAAUUCGCCGACGACAAAGCACCGCCGAUCUUUCACUUCGCUUCGCUCGAGCUUUACACAAUUGUCGAGGUAUUGUAAUAAUCGAGUCCCUGCUUCUCCUCUACGGGCGUUGAAGGAAACGCUCGUCUCCGCUGUUUGCACUGGUCUUACGCCGUGCUCGGCUCAUUCUGCUUAACCCACAUAUAUUACAGACGGCGCAUCAUCCUUUAGCUCUUGCAUUUCCACGAAUAUAAGUGUAUAAGUUUUAUCUGAGCGUGCUGUGCUACGUAUAGUAGAAUAAAUAUUGUCCAUGUAAACGCACUGCGUGUAAUAUAACGUGUAUAUUCGCGUGGUAUUCACGAAAGACCUUCUCUCUCUCUCUCUCUCUGUUUCACGCAAGCCUAGGUCACGACGACGCGUCAUGCGAAGAUGGAGCCGAUUUGCGCGCCGAGCGAUAAGGAAGAGCCGCCGGUAACGAUGAGUCCCGACGUCGUCGUCGAUCCUCCUGUCGUCGUCGCGACGUCGCCAACGCCUCCGAGCAGCCGCAACAGCAGCAGCAGUAGCAGCUCUUUAUCCUCGCCCUCGCCGCCAUCGUCGCCGUCCCCGCCACUCACGAUGGUCCACGUCAAGCCCAAGAGUCCGGCCGUCAACGGCGUGCUUGCCAAACCCAGCCCCGAGUCUACCCCUGCUACUCAGAAUUUACAGAACGCUGUGAUCGCCCAGAAUGUGCAUAACGAGAAGAGCGCGCUGCCCCUCACGAGGAUACCCGUCCCCGUGCCCGUGAUCAAGACAAACUGUCACUUGAGGAAGAUGAGCACCAUGAUGGAGGAGGACAGCUCCGACGAUCUGGACAACGACUGCCCGAACAGCGCCCGCAGCGUAGCAAGCAGCCACGCGGACAACGACUCGGACUCGACGUACGAGGAGCGCGGUCGUCUCCUUUCGGCAGACUCGGCCUCGACCUCGCCGACCACGAGGACGACCCACCAGCUGUCAAGUCGAGGCAGCAGUCGGCGCAACAGUCCGACGGUGAACAAGCGCUCGGCCUGCAGCAGCCUCCACGACAGCGCGGACAGCUUCCACGAGAAGUCCCCGCUGCGCCGACCUCCCACAGCCACGGCGAACGGCCACCACCGCGAGCUCCGGCCUCUCGAAUGGUACACGAGCCACCGACGUGGGACUACCCCGGCCGAGCCCGUCUCCUCGAGGCACUGCAGCCGACAUCCCAGCAUGCGCUCGCUCAAGUCCAGCUCGGCCAGCGACGAGCAUCAGCACUCGAUCCAGCUAAUGCAGCAGCAGCACUACUGCCACCCGCACCAGCAGCAGGCUCAGCAGCUGUACCCGGUGAACGCGUGCAACAGCUGGGGCUCGAUCCUGUUCCCGGAAAACGGCAGCGUGAACAUGGCGGCACGAGUUUACCCGCCGGAUUCCGUGUCGAUACGCUCUCUGGCAUCGAUCGGGAUGGGCUCGUCUGACGGCAGAAAGCUCACCAUCCGGAGGGUACCAACCUCGCCCUCCGAGCUCCUCAACAUGGUCCAUCCACCUACUCCGGUGGAGGACGACAUGUCGACGUGCACGAGCUUCGACGACGGCGACGCCGAGGACCCGGGCGAGUAUCGACAGCCAAGGCGACCACACUGGGAGAACAAGGUACAGUUCGUCCUCGCCUGCAUCGGAUACUCGGUUGGACUCGGCAAUGUUUGGAGGUUUCCUUAUCUGUGUUACAAGAGCGGAGGAGGCGUAUUCCUAAUACCUUACUUUUUAAUACUCAUCGUGUGCGGCGUGCCCUUGCUCUACAUGGAGCUGAGCAUCGGGCAGUUCACGCGCCGCGGACCCAUCGGCGCCCUCGGACAGAUCUGUCCUCUGUUCAAAGGAGCGGGCCUGUCGUCGGUCGUCAUAUCGUUCCUGAUGUCAACUUACCACAACGUCAUAAUUGCCUACGCGAUCUACUACUUCUUCACGGGCUGCAAGCCCAUACAGCCGUGGUCGAGGUGCCGGAACAAGUGGAACUCGCCGGACUGCUGGUCGGCCGACGUCAUGACCAACAACAACAACACUCGGCCGAAGCACCCGAAAAUACCCUCGGCUGAGUUUUUUGACAACAAAGUGCUGCAGAUAAGCUCGGGGAUCGAGGAGCCCGGGAUGUUGAGGUGGGAGCUUGCGGCCUGCCUGAUAAGCGCUUGGGUGAUCGUGUACUUCUCCAUAUGGAAGUCGAUAAAGUCGUCGGCGCGCGUCAGGUACCUCACGGCAACACUCCCAUUCCUAUUAAUAUUCAUCUUUCUCACCCGGUCCCUCACCCUCGAAGGUGCUGACAAGGGCCUCCAGUUCUUCUUUCGGCCGGACUGGCAACUGCUCAAAGACGCCAAGGUCUGGGUUAACGCAGCCGCGCAGAUCUUCAAUUCCGUGGGCAUAGCCUUCGGGUCGAUGAUCUGCUUCGCGAGCUACAACAAGUUCCACAACAACAUCCUCAUAGACACAGUGGCUGUGUCGCUGAUCAACGCCUGCAGCUGUCUGCUCGUCGGCAUAUUCGCCUUCGCCACGAUCGGCAACAUCGCCGUCGAACAGAACAUGACCGUACCGGAAGUCCUCAGCGAUGGACCCGGUCUGGUAUUCGUGGUUUAUCCACAGGCUUUGGCCAAAAUGCCAUGGCCACAGAUGUGGGCAAUGCUCUUCUUCUUUAUGCUGGUCUGCUUGUCACUUAACAGCCAGUUCGCGAUAGUCGAGGUAGUGGUCACGUCCAUACAGGACGGCUUUCCUAAAUGGGUGAAGAAACACCUCCUGUGUCACGAGAUGUUAGUUCUGCUAGUGUGUAUAGUUUCCUUCUUGUUCGGUUUGCCGAACAUAACACAGGGUGGCAUCUACUUCUUCCAGCUGAUAGACCACUACGCCGCCUCGAUAUCCAUAAUGUUCCUGGCGUUCUUCGAAGUCAUCGCCAUCUCGUGGUUCUACGGCGUGCGUCGAUUGUGCAGCAACGUGAAGGAGAUGACUGGCCGCGUGCCGUCGAUAUAUUUUCGCUUCUGCUGGCUCGUAGCGUCUCCUCUCCUGAUAAUGGCGGUGUGGGUGUUCAGCCUCAUCGAUUACGAGCCACCUCACUACACGAGAUCGGACGGCAAAUACACGUACCCUUGGUGGGCGGAGGCCAUCGGCUGGGGUAUCGCCUCGCUUUCACUAGUCUGCAUUCCCGCCUUCGCCAUCUACGUUUUCGUACAAGCGGAAGGGACCACUUUUACCGAAAAACUGCGAAACUCAAUAAAGCCGGACUUCGAGGCGUGCGAGAUCUGCGGCCAGGAGUACUGUACCGAGCCGUCGCAUAGUAAUGAGGACGACGUUCUCAAGGAGCCGCUCCACGAGAUGAACAACGUCAUUAAGGUGGUGCAGACGUACCAACCGCCGAAAGUACAGCCCUGAGUCGAGACGAAAGCUCGGCUAUAGAAGGACCUUUCCUCUCUCUCUUACUCUCUCUAUCACUCUCUUUGCGAAGAUCGGAGCCGAGCUGAAGCAUCCCGUCGCUGGAUUCUCGCAACUACUUUCCACAAAAGAUCUGCGAGGAAUUGCCUUCACGCGGCACCCGAUGAGCUCCGAGAGCCUAGCAAGAUUAAUGAAAAUAAACGUAGAUUUCCUCGUUUACUCACGAGGAGAUCGGCGACGACGAGCUGAUUAUUUCAGUUACAUAAAUUUUACUUCUUUAUUCCUUAGACAUUCCGAUUGUCAGCUUUAACGUCGCCCGUACGCGAUUUUAAGAGUAAACGAAGCGACUCACGCGCUAUAGAUCGAUGAGAUAAUUUAAUUACUUAGGUUUGUUGAACGACUAUGUUGACGAUGAUGGUGAUGAUAUGCGUGGAUACGCGAGAGAUCGAAGAACGAAAUACCAAGUGUUUUCUUCUUGUGAACAAAAUACAGUUUUUGUCUGAAUGAAUUUACUGCUGCAAUUAUUGUUAUUAUAAAUCUCGAGAUACUCUGUACCUUGUAAAUGAAGAUUAGCGAGAUACAGACAUAUCAUUGGAAUCAAGUGUUCAUUAUAUAAUUGAAGAAAAAAUCAUUAAAAAAACUUUAUUUUUUCAAUAAAAAAAGUACUAAAGAAUUUGAUUAUCAAACGACGGCGCCAAUGGCCAAUUUUAUAGGCUCUUACUAAACCGAGCAAAUUACAUCCUCCAAGAAAAUUAAUUAGAUAAUCAAGAGUGUCAAAAGUUCAUCGUCAAUAGGUGCGAGAAUAGCGCGGUAAAUGGAAAGUCAAACAAACAAAUCUCCCAGGAUUUGCAUAACUCAUCGUGUACCUAAUGCUGCGAGCUCAAGUAGCUGAACGGCGAAGGAAAACGAGAAGAACUUGCACAGGCGGCGACAUACAAAACGAGUCGUCGUCGUCAUCGGGUCCCAAUCGGGCGAUAAAUCAGCGGCGUCAACCAACUUGGGAUGCAACUUGUUUUAUUUCAUAUGAAUAUACAAUUACAGUACCAUGCGCUGUGUCAUAGGUUAUAUAUCUGUAUAAAAGAAAGUGUAGAUAAAGCUACCGCUCGUUAUA